CCAAGUGGGAUGGGCGAGCGUCGGCUCUACGGACGAGUAGAAAGGGGUGAUUAGGGUCGUCGAAGCCACCGAAACGGCAGUCGUGAACGCCGAGGCGAUCGUCUCCUCCGCUCCCGUCGUCGUAUUCAGCCUGAAUGCCUGAUAUGGAUCUGGAGACUGAGAAUCGGCUUGCUGCUUUACUGAUGGAAGAGGCCAGGAGAUUGCGCUUGGAAGCUGAAAAAGAAGGCGUUCAUGUUUAUCUCCACCAGCGUAAUGUUAGAGGUCGACCAAAUUCACGAUUUUUGACAGCUACUGUUCUUGGAGUGCAGCAAGCAAAUCGAACUGUUGAGGUUACUGAAAUGUGGCGAGCUCGGGAGAAGGAAUUGGAGUUGGAAGCUAAGCUUGAGGAUAGAUCAAAUAAACACAGACAUAAAAGCAGGGGUGAGAAGCAUCACACCAAUUCACCACAUAUGGGUUCUAGUUCGAGGAAGAAGAAGGAGAACAUGAAAACCACCAUCUCAUGCUUGACAAGCAAACAAGAUCUAGAAGACUGCUGCUCAUAUGAAGAUGACGGUCUAAGAGACGAAGAUGUUGAAGAGUUUCUUCACUCAAGGGCGAAGCGGGGCAGAGGUGCUGUAGGUUCAAGAAUGGAUGAAGCUGGUCCAUAUCUUUCACAGACAUGUUCUGAUCAAGAUGGUCACUCGCCAAGUCAUGAUGUGCGGGUGAAGGAAGAAUGGGAAAACCGUAUUCUUGGCCCUGAGAAACCAAGCUUUCUGAAGCUUGACAGUGCACUUUGUGAUGAUUCCGAUACAGAAACUAGGGUGUGCCAUACAAGUAGCUCAAGGAAAUGCCAUUCCAAGAAAAGGAGAUCAAGGGAAGAGAAACUAGGAAAAAGAAAAAGGACAGAACAGAGAUCCAAGCAUCACAGUAAAAGCAGAAGAGCAAAGGAUUGAUGUAUAAGGGUGAGAUAUUCAGAUGUUGUCUUUUUAUUAUCUUUUCUACUUGAACCUGCUUGUAGAAUUAAAAUAUGAUUUCACGCAUUUGAUGGAUCAUCCAAGUUACAUCAAACCCAUGUAGUGAGUGCAUCAAUACCUCUGUGGUUCACGAAA